AUGAGAUUCGCAAAUUCUGCCCUGUCUUCAGCCCUGCAAACCCCAGAAGAUGUUGUUGUCGUUGGUGGGGGAGCCUCCGGUGUCGCUGUCGUUCUUCAUCUACUCGAGAAAAUCAAACAGGGGAAGCGGAUGAAGAGUAUAACCUUGCUGGAAAAGAGCAAGGCUGCUGGUCCAGGGCUAGCGUACUCUGAAGCUUGCGCGGGGACUAUCUUGAACAUGCAUGCAGACACCAUGGGUCUCUACAUCAACGAUCAUCUUCACUUCUCAAAAUGGAGAGCAGCGAGAUAUCCCGAUCUGCAACCAGAGCCCUUCCCACUGCGGAGUCAGUACGGACAAUAUCUCCGCUCGCAGCUGGAAAUAGCUCGCAAGGAAUCUUGCCGACUGGAUGUUGUACUGAAUGUGAUAUGUGGAGAGGUCGUCGAUGUUCAGCGGAAGAGAGGGGGAUUUUUGCUAGAGCUAACCAGUCGCAUCAAGAUCAACACCCAGGUCUUAGUGCUGGCUCUCGGUAAUUUUGCCAAGGUGGUCCACCCGGGACUGCUCGGGGUUGCAGGCUACUUUCCUUCCCCGUGGCCCAAUUCUGCAUUGAAAAUCAUACCACCUGAAUCACCAGUGUCGGUGCUGGGCACAGGACUUACAGCCAUUGACGUCGCCAUCUGUCUCUCCGAAAAUGGUCACGAAGGUCCUAUUCAUCUGGUUUCUCGUAGUGGAAGGCUGCCGAAAGUACAGGGGCAUUGCGAGCCCUAUAGCCGAAGAUAUGUACUCCAUUGCCUUGCUCGAGACGUAGAGCAACGCCCGGAAAGGAGCUUCAUUCGGAUAAUCGAGACAAUCUCGCAGGAACUAGAUCGUGGAGCCUGUGGAGAUUCCUCCCAGACACAGUCUUCGACAGACUCUUUGACAGAGUUUCAAGCCAGUGUCAAUGCCGCCGAGAACCAUUUAGUUCAGUGGCAGGCAGUUUUCAGAGCAACGGCGCCUGUUGUAGAGCGAUAUUGGCACACUUUUCCCAACUCAACAAAGGAUCUGUUUCUUGGAGAGUUCUUCAGCACAUGGAUGACAUACCGCCACUCUAUUCCUUUGGAAAACGCCCGGAAAAUCGUUACUUUGAUAAGUCGAGGGCAGUUGCGGGUGCACUGUGGUGAGAAAGCCUUCUUGUCUGGGGACGAGUUUUUGGUAUCUACGACCAGUGGACUUGUCCAGUCUCCUUGGCUGAUUGAAGCAGCGGGGCAGGAGCAUGAUCCCUACAAGAGUGGAUCGGAGCUCCUCAAGCGACUCUUGGACGCUGGCGAGCUGACAGUACAUCCAGCUGGAGGUGUAGUCGUGGACUUCAACACCUUGGCAGCAUCCGAGAAUCUUUACGUCAUUGGAUCCAUGACUAGGGGGACACAUUUCUACACUGGAGCAAUCGACAGGAAUGUAGCUCACGCUGCGCGCAUUGCCGAUAGCAUAAGCGGGGAACGCCCAAGUCGACCGCUACAUGUCGGUCUGUUUGUUGGGACAGACAUUUUUUCGCACCUCAUGACGAGUAAAAUUGUCUCCCGGCUCUUAGCUCUGGGUCAUACACCAUUCAUCUUCUUACCGGCCCACAAAGGCAGCAAAAAGCAGAAACAUUUUGAUCUCGAAGAGCUCGCGUUUUUUGAACGUCAGUUGUAUCAGGAUAUUGUGAUUCCUUUUUUAGGUACAUCCGACCCCAGCGGGUCAAUGUGCAUGACCGUGGAACAAAUGAGGGUCCACUAUGGAAUUCUCGUACAGCAUAUUCUGGACGUCAACGACCCUGCUUUCCUCGAUGUUCUUCAACGGAACUUUAUCGACAUUGGCAUGUCAAUUCGUUGUUAUCAGAAGUUUGGUAAGGGCAUCAUCAACCACUUCAGCGGCUCAAGGAAGCUUUUGAACCUUCAUCCGGGAGUUCUUCCCAAUUACCGCGGAGUUAUGACGACGAUAAGGGCGAUGAGAAAUGGUGACGAGAGCUUUGGCUACAGCCUGCACGAGAUUAACGAAGACUGGGACGCUGGUCACAUCCUCGAUAUCCGAACCUGCCCACUUACCAGGAAGCCAAUGCUGCAGUACAUGAAUGAUGUUUACGACGUCGGGGUUGAGAUGGCCGUUGACUCAGUUGACAAGAUCUCAAGAGGGGAAGUACUGGCCGCAACUGAGCAAAGCGAGGCAGAUUCUCGUUAUUAUCCCUUCCCGACCACCGAUGAGCUAGCUGACUACCGCCAGCACGGUCUCUCCUUAGUCAACCCUGAGGAGAUGGUCGAUUCGAUCCUCGAUUCGUUGAGUACGCCGCGCAACAGGACAGAAUUCAAAGAGACUCUACAAAAAUCAAUCUCCCAUUGGUAUAGGACAAAAAGAAUAAGCAAGAGGAAGGAGUGA